GGCUUCCCGUGCCCUGAGGGGGGACCCGCCCGCCGCCGGGCCGGCCAGGGCUCCCGAGCUGAGGGGCCGUGGCCGCCGGCUGGGUUGGGGCGGCGAGGGCUCAGCCAUGCCUAGGCAGCUUCCCGGCUGGAUCCCCGGCUGGAUCCCCGGCUGGAUCCCCGGCUGGGUCCCCGGCCUGAGGCAGUGAAGGCAUGGCUGUGCUCCCGUACCUGGCUGCGUUUCCCGGGCUGGGCGCGCUCCCGCCCGCUCCGCGCUGAGGCGGGCGCGCAGCCGGGUGCCAGAUCCAUUGGUGGCCGUGCUUGGAUACAGCCCCGGCUUCGGGCGUGCGCACGGAGCACACGGCCUCGUCUGGGAGCUGUUCUGGCUGGGCGUGUGUGCGUGUGGCGCUCCUGGGGAGAAGCUGUAAGGCUGUGAGGACUGUUAGUGUGGGUUGGACCAGGGAGAGAGAAUGAUGCCCGACGGUGUUUAAGAUGUAUAUAAAUAACUAAGGGGUGGGUGUCGAGAGGGUGGAUCCAGGCUCUUCUUGGUGGUGCCGAGCAAUGCGACCAGAGGCAAUGGGCAGAAACCGAGGCAUAGGAAGUUUCACCUGGAUGUGGGGAAGAAGUUUACAGUGGGAGUGACCAUACUGGAACAGGGUGCCCAGAGAGGCUGUGGAGUCUCCCUCACUGGAGAUGUUCAAGAACUGCCUGGACCCAAUCCUGUGCCAUGUGUGCUUGGAUGACCCUGCUCGAGCAGGGAGGUUGGAGCAGAUGACCACUGUCGUCCUUCCAACCUUCCCCAUUCUGAGAAUAAUCAAACUGAAAUCUCAAACUGGUCACUUGUUAUGACCUUCCCUCACUGCUAUGAAGGUGACCACUGAGUCCUUAAGAAAGUGGUGCCGAACUUGAGAUUUGAUAUUCUGAAUUAUGGAAGUAUUUCUUUGGGGCAAAACUUUUCCAGAAUUUAUGCUUUUAUGUCACUUAAGAUAUUUUUGAUUCAACAGUUAUAAAAAAAAAAUUACAUGCGCAGUGAAAGCCAUUUAGAGAAAAGAAGUAAAAGGCUGCAGCCUUUUGUCUCCUGUUCAUCUGUCACUCAGCUGGGGAUGGAUGAUGAUGUGAGUUUGUAGCAAAUUUUCUAGGUGCAGGUUACACUUCUCACAGUACAAAAGUUGGCAGUAACUCUUCAGUGAGCAAAUCUCACUUCUGUGGUUUUUUUUGUUUGUUUGUUUUAGUUGGAUUUGCUUGUAGAGGUGCCAGAUUUGCAGGUAAAAUGUAUUUUGGCUUUUCUAAACAGCUCUACAAAUUUGGGCUGUAGCAAAAAAAAAAAAUAUUCAAACCAAAAUGAUUUACAUCCUUGUUAUUUGUCAUGUGUGUAACCAUAUAAGCAUAUGAGCAAUAAACAUACUGUGCUCUCUGUUUGUCUAAUGCUGCUGCCAGACUUUUUGCAAACAAUUAGGGAGGACACCCUCACACAGCCUGCAUUCCUUCAGUUCUGUCUCCCCAGCCUUGCAUGAACAUUGCACAUCUGCACUCCUACACACUCCACAGCUGAUCCAGCAGAUUGCAGCUUGACUCGCCCUCUGUGAAGUGUGCAGAAUAUGUGGACAUGACACUUUGCAGAGAAAGAAAGUACAUCGUGAACGUGGGCAAGUCAUUUCCAGUCAAACAAAAUACUCCUCCUGAGCCAAAUGCCAUCUUCCCUAUUUCUUAAAAGAAACCCAGCACUAAAGGAGUUUAAAUUCCACUUUCUGAAACUGAGAAACAAGGAUUGCUUUAAACACACAAGACCUUUUGUUCUCUAAAGUGUAAAAUGGGGACCUUUUAGUGCCUUCUAAAUAGAAGAAAUGGUUUUGAACAUUUUCUAGUAAUCUGCUAAUAUUUUCUUAAUAUGAAAGCUUGCUACAUUCAGGAUUAUUGAUUCCAUUUUUAUCUCCCCUCCAAGACACUGCAUGCAAUUUUACUUACUAGCUUAAUUGUUUCACUUUUAUUACCAUCCCUGUAAUGGAUUAAAUCGUUCUGACAGUGGUGUGUCCUCUGUCCUCUGCUGCACUGUGCCAUAUUCUGUCAAAUAAGAAUGAAAGCACUGGUGAUUUCAUUUAACAAGGCCAGUUUUUGCUUGGCCAUCUGUUACCAUUCUUUGCAGCCUACUUACCUCCCCAGGAGACCUCUGGUUAGAAGCAAACUCGCUCUUUUUUCUUUUUCCCCCACUUUUUUCUUUUCUUUGGACAAGGAAGAAAAGAGAACCUCAGCCUAAAUGCCUUUGCACCACAAAGCUGGUUUCUUUUUGAAAAGAUUAAAGUGUCCAGACUGGCUAAGUAGCUUGCAAGACCUCCUGCUCUGUUUCUCACAGUUCAGAUAAUGUAGGUUUUCCUGUGUCAGCGAUGGAGGCCCCCGCCGCCAGCGCGGUGCACCUGAGUGACUGGCAGGAAAGUCACUUUGCUGUCACCUCUGGCACCUGCACGCCCGGGCAGAAGGCAGACGGAUACCGUGCCAAGAUCCUGCGCAUUCAGUAUGCAUGGGCAAACUCGGAGAUCUCCCAGGUCUGUGCUGCCAGCCUGUUCAAGAAGUACGCAGAGAAAUACUCCGCGAUUAUCGACUCUGGCAAUGCAGAGACCGGCGUGAACAACUACGCGGAAAACAUUUUGACUUUGGCAAAAUGUCAGCAAAGUGACAGUGACAAGUGGCAAUCUGCCUUGACAACAGAGAACGUGUUUGAACUGAAGUGUGUGCGAGAGAGGAUGCAGGCUGGCAAAAUUUUCUGGAGCUCUCAGAUGGCACCGACAGAUGCCCGUGUACGAGGUGAUAAAGGGGUCAGCGCCCCCACGGCUCCAGCUCUUCCCAAACUCCAUGUCUUGGGCAGUACCAGGGAGACUGAGCUCACUGCUGGCUCAGCAAAGUGUGUGAGUCAGGGACCAGAUCUUCUUGGGCAUCCCUCAUCUUCCAAGUCCCUUCAGAGCAGUGUGCCUCCUGUGACCAGAACUCCAGACACACUUCCUGCCGCUUCAGCCUCCUUAAGCAAGCAGGUUCUUCCAGGUUUCCAGGCAACUCCGCUCUUUGGAAGUAAAGAAGCCACUAAUAGUGGUUCUCUGAAAAUGUCAGGUAACUGUUGUGAUGGACAAAAUUCAUCUCUUUUCAACCAGUCAGCUGUACCUGCCUGGUCUGCAAAUUCAGGGAAAAGAAAAGCAUUCUAUGGUCUGGCUGAUGAAGGCAGCACAGCUGUUCCUAGCCUUGCUCCAUGUCAGGCUUCCAUUUCUACAGAAACGAAUGGUUUUUCAGGGCAGAGAAACAGGAAUGAAGAGAGCAGUGCUCCUGGGUUUAAAACUGCAAAGGAACAGCUGUGGAUGGAUCAGCAAAAGAAAUCUCAAAACCAGCGUGCACCAGUUUCGUCAUAUGGAGGCAUAAAAAAAUCCCUGGGUGCAGGCAGGUCUCGGGGUCCGUUCGGCAAGUUUGUGCCUCCAGUUCCAAAACAAGAUGGAAGUGAAAAUGGAGGAGCGCAGUGUAAGCCUCACGUAGGGGAAUCAACAGACCCGUUGCUGCCUGUGGAUGAGCGGCUGAAAAACAUAGAACCAAAAAUGGUUGAGCUCAUCAUGCACGAGAUCAUGGACCACGGGCCUCCGGUCAGCUGGGAUGACAUUGCUGGGGUUGAGUUUGCCAAAGCCACCAUAAAAGAAAUAGUGGUGUGGCCCAUGCUGAGACCGGACAUCUUCACCGGCUUGCGUGGGCCUCCGAAGGGAAUUCUGCUCUUUGGCCCCCCUGGGACUGGCAAGACCCUCAUAGGCAAGUGCAUCGCAUGCCAGUCUGGAGCAACUUUUUUUAGCAUCAGUGCCUCCUCUCUGACUUCCAAGUGGGUGGGUGAGGGGGAGAAGAUGGUCCGUGCGCUGUUCGCUGUGGCGCGCUGCCAGCAGCCAGCCGUGAUUUUCAUCGACGAGAUCGAUUCCCUGCUGUCCCAGCGCGGAGAGGGAGAGCACGAGUCGUCCAGGAGAAUAAAAACUGAAUUUCUGGUGCAGUUAGAUGGGGCAACAACCUCCUCUGAAGAUCGUAUCCUGGUGGUUGGAGCAACAAAUCGACCCCAGGAAAUUGAUGAAGCUGCGCGAAGGAGACUGGUGAAGAGACUGUACAUCCCUCUCCCAGAAGCCUCCGCCAGGAAGCAGAUUGUCACCCGGCUGAUGGCAAAGGAGCACUGCUCUCUGAGUGAAGAGGAAAUCAAACUCAUAGUCCAGAAAACCGACGGGUUUUCUGGGGCAGACAUGACCCAGCUGUGUCGGGAAGCCUCUCUGGGCCCUAUCCGCAGCCUGCAGUCCAUGGACAUUGCAACCAUCACGCCGGAGCAGGUACGGCCCAUCUCGUUCCUGGACUUUGAGAGUGCCCUGAGGACAGUGCGGCCCAGCGUGUCCCCCAAGGACCUGGAGCUCUAUGAAACCUGGAACCAGACCUUUGGCUGCGGCAGAUGAGCUGCAUCACAGCUGUUGCACAGGAGCAGUUCAGGAUUUCAGCACAGCAGCAGUUCAGGAUUUCAGCACCGCCAUGUAUUAAACCUGUGGCAGUUUAGUGCCUCUGCACUUUGUUUUGUUUCUGUCCUGGAAUUAAAACUCCUCAUGUUAUGCAGGCAGAUGUCCAGGCUCUGGCUGAGGCUUUGCCAGCUGAAAAGACCACAAGGAGCUGCUGCUCAUGAUACGAGAAGUUGGUGAACAGCAGUGGCAUUGAGGGGCUGACAGCAUUUACAGGUUGCUGGGAGAGAUGGAAACAAAUUUCACCGAUGUUUAAGGGGAAGGUUAUCAAACCUCACAAAUAAUUGAAAGGAGUGUUGGAGAAAUCUUGCAAGGUCCAUCAGGCUGUGUCAGUAAGGGAUUCAAGUAAUAGCAGAAAUGCCCAUUUUGGGUAGGAGUAUGGCAAAACUGGAUAGGGGAGAACAGUUAGAGGUGCUUUGUUUGGGAGGAGAGGGUGGAGGUGGAUGUGGACUUGUAUGGAAAAAUGGAAGGGGGGACAAAAGAGGAAGGUUGAGUGUUGCUCUUGUCUGACAGCCUUUUGGCUCAUCACUGCAGUCACUCCCAGCUUCUCAUUAAAAAGUUUUUUUGAUGAUUUUCUGCUUGACCUUACUUUCUGUGCUGCAUCAGCAUGUGUGGGUGUGUUUUAUUGGAAGGUCUGGACACCUGCAGGUGGAGAAGAGGCCAGGGGUCUUAGGGGCUUUAGGAUCUCAGCCCAGCUGUGGGGUAGCCAGUGUGGGCAACCGGGUGCUGUAGGGAUCCAAAACUCACUGCCAAACUAAGGGCUGCACAAGCAGGCAAGGACGAAGAACAGGAUUUGGAAGGAGCCCCCCAUGGCAGGACAAGGGGGCUCAGGGUCUGGGCGUGGGUAUUUGAUAAACUUGAAUCCUGUGGCAGUGUCUGAAGGCUCCGUGAGUGAGGUGUCCUUGUGACACUGGAGAGUGUGUGGGGGUUGUGUCACACACUGGUGACCUCCAAGAGUGCUGGGCUCUAGUGGUCAGGAAGGAGAAAUCCCUGUCCCAACCCCUCCUGGGUUCCACUGCUCCUUAAAAAGUCCUCAUGCAUCAAUGGUAAAAUUCUUGGCUAGCUUGUAUUUGGCAUUCUUACCUAAGGCAUGAAAGAAUGCACAGCCUUUUAUUCACAUAACCUGUCUUUGCCCACUGGCUGAGCACAGCUGCCCCUGAAAGGAAAAUAAAUGGAAAUCUUUCCUUUGGAUUCCUUUGUCAGUGUGGCAGAGCUGGCUGCUUUGCUCUCUGUGCUUAGUUUUCAGCUUCUCUAAAGAACUUUUUCUCCUACUGGGGAAAAUGCAGAGCUUAAAAGCUGCUCUUCCUCACAUUUCUCUGAAGUUGGAUGAAUGUUUAGCUAGCAUUUUUUAAAGACAUUUGGAAAAUAAAGGGCCCAGGACACUACAGUGAGCCUUGAAUUCAGAAUAAUUUGGAAGGGUUAGAAUUUCUUAGAGCUCAUCCUGAUUUAAACAAAUGAGUCAGAUUUAUUCAUAGCUUAUGAUUUUAGUAAAGUCUGAUAUAUAUCAGAAAUUGUUUUGCAGAGAUGUAAAAAUUCAGGUAUGGGAAUUUAUCUUCAUUUUUGAGACAGUGAAAAUAGAAUAAUUAGAUUAUUCUGAAAGAAUAAAUGUGUGAUGUGGUUCAAACCAAUCGACUUUUGUGCCACUUGGGUGAAGAUUAUGAGAUUAAGUCUGUUCUUACAAGUUCCCUUUUGGAGAGCUAUAAACACAUACUGGGUAAGAUUUUUGCUUUCUCCAAACAUUUCUUUAAAUUCAUUGUUCAGGCAAGUGAAUGAAGCACCAGAGAAUUUUAAUUGUUUAAUCAAAUUAAGGGUUGCUCAAGGGUUAAUAAAUGCUUUAUAUAUGAUUAAAUAAUUGCCUUAUUUAUGCUGGGAAUUUAUUCUGGUGUGCUAUGUAGCAUUCUGUGGUCAUCUCUGCAUCUGGAUUUUCACAUUUUAAUGGAAGUGCUCUAUAAGGAGGAACCAGUGAGAAUCCACGUGGUGACAGAGAAUAAAGCUCCUCCUGAGCUGACAAGGACUGAGACAAAAGUUCUGUGCCUCUGUAUUUGUCUCCUGCAAAGUGGAACUUCUCAACAAGAUAAAAGUAGAACCAGACAAGGCUGUUGUUCUGCCUCCUACUUUUUAGAUUAUUCAUUACAAGAAUUACAUGAACAUGCCUUUUUUUUUUUUUUUUAAACACAUGAAAAUAGUGAAAGGGAAUAUUAGAUAAAGUUUUUUGUGUUGUAGUAAUGAUGCAGGUGACCCAACCCUCUCUUCAGCCAUGUAGAGUUCUUGGGCUUUGCUGCAGAGCUCAGAGCCAGCAGGACUUGCAGUUUCAGCCCAAGAGGAGUUUCAUAACCCUCUGUAACAGUGCCACCACACAGCAAUUCAACUGCCAGGAACAUAAUUUCACAAAAUACAGAAAAUUGCACAGAAAUAGGCCAUGAUUGUAAUUUAAGGGAAAUGGUGCAGAUAAAUCCACUUUAAUGGAUCUGUUUAGUGUAUGCAGAAACCUAUGUACUUCAUUAUUUAUUCUUUUUGGCUGGCUGAUCUUUGGAAGAAGAAAUGCACAACUCUGUUUUUUUGGUUCAGCAAUGUUGGGUGCACAAUCUUUCAGUUUCUUUUUAAGGUAAAUAAUUGCAGUCCUGGAAAAGUCAGGUCUUAUUAAUAAACAAGGCAAUUCAGACUCACAGUGCUUCUUAGAUUUGAGUUAGCUAAAUUGUCUCAGAGCUGUAUGAAGUCCCCUGGGGGAUUUUCAUUUGCAGAAAACUGUGCCAGCACGUGUAGGGGAAAAAGCUGAUGAGGCAGAAAUGAUCAUCACCUGCUAAUGGCGAGUGGAUGGAAAGCAGACUGGCCUCUUAGAGCAUCACUAAGAUUGUCCUUUUGAAACAAGGCAAUUUCCUUCUAACAAAAAUUAUGGAACUGCUCGCAAGCCAACAUGGCACUGGAAAACAGCCCCCCAAACCAAGCAGCAUGGGCUGUCCCCUGGGCUGCAGUGCAGGCAGCUGCUCCCUGGGUCUGCUGGAGCCAGCCAAGGAGGCUGGCCCUGCAGCCCUCCCCUGCUGACACCUUCUCACCUGCACCCAGCACAGAACAAUUCAUCUAAAAGUGGGGUAGCAAAGAUACGGACACAAUAUUCCCAAAGCCCGCAUUUCUUAGCCUUGCUUUUUAAUAUUUUGUUACCAUUCUGUAUCUUACCUGUAGAAAAUCAGUCAUGUAAGAUGUCAUAUAUAUAAUGCAGCUGUAGUACUAAAGAGUUUCUAGUACUUUUUUUUUGUGCCAUUAGCUGAGAAGUUUCAUAUUACCUUGGGUCAUAGCUGUGAAGCCAAAAUAGCAUUAUCACAGAGUUGUGGGUCUGGAAAGGACUAUAAGGAAUCUGCAAAUUCCCACUUGGUCUAAGGUGAAUUAAUUUUUGGGAUUCCUGGUACAUGUUUUGCCUGGUUUGUUCUUUAAAAACAUUCAGUACUUAUAAAAAACCUUGGUCUCUUUUUGGACUUCAUUCCCAUAGCAGUGAUAUAUGAUCACAGUCAGGACUUGACAUAUUCAGUAGAUGCAGCAAUGUGAACACAGAGUGGUAAAUGUUUAGUGUUAGCCAUUAAUAAAGUGGCUUUCUUGCCUGGAUUCUUCUUCAGCAAGGUUGAAGGUGAGUAAAAUUCUUCCCCAAUGUCUCAUCUCUUACUGUGAUGCAAGUGUUCUGUGCCUUAGCCUGUCUGUAUUUCUCACAUCACAGACACAGGGAAAGGUUUGAUUAUCCCCUUGGGAGCAGGUGCCUGAAACAGUUGAGAUGUCAUAAUUUGGCACUACAAUAGUACCUGUACUAAAUAAAAGUCACUCUUCCACUCCUUUUAAUAA